AUGGAUAACGAGUCACCAACAUUAUAUAUUUACUUUGCUGCUUUCGUAGCUGCUCUAGGCUCCUUCCAUUAUGGUUUUCACAUCGGAGAACUUAACUCACCUCAAAAAGUUAUUUCUUGCGAGGUUCCGCCGCCAGAACUUUACGAUUCAUCGUUUCCUCCAUGUAUAAAAAUGACCCCUACACAAUACGCGUUAAUAACCUCGAUAUUUAACCUUGGAGGUCUUCUUGGCUCGUUGUUAGCGUCACGUAUCGCAGAUAGUAAAGGAAGAAAAUGGGCCUUACUUUUUAACAACAUAUUUUUGAUUUUGGGUUCUUUGUUGAUGGGAACUGCGGUAACGUAUUUCUCAUUGGUUGUUGGACGCGUGCUUGCUGGAAUUGGAUCUGGUGUGAUUGUUGUAGUUGUACCCAUGUAUUUAUCAGAAAUAUCUACACCUGAAUAUAGAGGCACUUUUGGUGUAAUGAAUCAACUUGGAAUCGUUACUGGAAUAUUAUUUUCACAAGUGGAAGGACUUUAUCUAUCAACAGUUCCCGGGUGGCGCCUCAUUUUAAUGACCGGCGCAAUAAUAGGAUUAUUACAAGUAAUUUUAUUGGGAUUCGUCGUUGAGUCACCGAGAUAUCUCGUCACAUUACCAAAUGGAUAUACAGCCGGGAAGAAAUCUUUACAGAAAUUACGCGGGACAUUAAAUGUCGAAUCGGAAUUAAAUAGUUGGAAACAGGUGGCUGCUGAAGAAGGACUAGAAGGAUUGAUAUCUAGAAAUGAAGAUGAUGACUCGGAAGUUGAUCCUUCCUCUGUAGUAAUGGACAAUGAAAGUCGUAAUAAUUUGGAAACGCCAGCUGUAGUUUUUCAUGCACGCAAUCGGGAUCAUACAGUUCAUGAUAAUAUCAAUGUCUUGAACUUUAUUUCAAAUCCGCAUUAUCGACCAGCCUUAAUUGUCAUUCUUUUACUCCAACUAACACAACAAUUCUCCGGAAUCAAUGGGGUGAUUUUCUACUCGACCACAAUUCUUAGUGAAGUUAUGCCCGACAAAAGUGACCUUGUCACCGUCUAUAUAAGUAUUGUAAACACCAUGAUGACAAUAGUUUCGGCGAUACUAAUCGACAAAGCCGGGAGAAGAAUUCUCUUGCUUUUAUCCAUCUCUUCAAUGUCUAUCGCGAGUGCAGUAUUAGGAUUUAGUAUUAUCCAAAAUUACCCUAUUCUUUCCGCCCUAUCGAUAAUUACAUUCGUGGCUUCUUUUGCGAUCGGUCUCGGACCGAUCCCGUUCUUAAUCGCCCCCGAAAUUGUUGAUACUCAUGCCGCCGCAACCGCUUCUGGCCUUGGUAUGACGGUGAAUUGGAUCUCGAAUUUUAUUGUCUCGUUUUUGUUUUUAGGCGCCAAGGAAGUUCUUGGGGGUAGCGUUUUUUACUUUUUUACGGGAGUUUUGAUCGCUGCAUUUUUCUUGGUGAGACUAUACAUGCCGGAAACAAAAGGAAAAACAGUUGAAGAGAUUUGGAAAAGUGGACAACAAUAA